UCAAUUACAAAAUUUUUAGGAAAACAUUAUAAACAUUUACUUUUGUGGCAGAGUUCCCUUGUUGAUCUUCCAUCGAAGAACUAUUACAGAUAUGUGAUCCCAACCAUGGAAGACUUUAGCAGCACUGAUUACACAGUAAGUGGACCAAAAGUCUUUUUCGCAAAUAUGCCAUUGUCCAAAACACUUGCAAUGAACCUGGAUGUUCCUGAGCCAUGGCUUGUGGAGCCUGUCAUUGCUGUUCAUGACCUGGACAAUAUUUUGCUUGAGAACCUGGGUGACACCAGGACAUUACAUGCAGUUUUUGAACUUGAAGCUCUUGUUCUGACUGGUCAUUGUGCCGAGAAGGAUCGUGAUCCUCCCAGAGGUCUUCAGCUAAUUCUUGGAACAAAGAAUACACCUCAUUUGGUUGAUACUAUUGUGAUGGCCAACUUGGGUUAUUGGCAGAUGAAAGUAUCUCCUGGAGUUUGGUACAUGCAACUUGCUCCAGGCAGAAGUUCUGAGUUGUAUCUUUUCAGAGAUGGUGAUAAUGGGAAUCAAGAGAAAUCUUUGUCAAAGCGAAUUACCAUAAAUGAUUUGAGGGGUAAAGUUGUCCAUCUUGAAGUAGUGGAGAAAAAGGGAAAAGAGAAAGAAAAUUGUUUAUUUCAUCUGAUGAUGACAACCGUUCGAAAGAAAAGCUGUAGUAUGGACUUUAUUAUUCUAGUCCUCACCUUAACAGUAGCAACACUGAGGUCUAAUAAUAUGUUGCCGGCACGGCUUUGCUUGCCUUAUUGUUUGUUAUUUAUAUUCAAUUUCUUCCUAAGGACAUUUGAAAGUGUUCAAGUCCACGCUCUUGGUUUGUCAAGUUUUCAGCAUAUAUGA